AUGGAUAACAAGAAUCUUAAAAAAUCAUCUUUCCUCCGAUGGGUAUUGGUUGAUUUGACUGGAAACCACUUCAUAUCUUCAACAAAAUCGAUUCGCCCAAAUGGGUCAUACCAUGAUACCCAAAACCCUAGGUUUUAUACCACAAAAGCCGCUUGUAAGACCAAAAACGGUCAAAAUUUGAAUGAUUUGUUACCCGAUGAUGGAAAGGGCGGUUUGUGGUCUCGUGUAGCUUGUCGAGAAGCUCAAGAUGCUUUGUUAGAUUACUUGCAUUCCACUCGAAGCUUGCAGUUUGUGGAUGCAGAAAAUAUCAGUCGUAAUUCACCAAAAUUUCUUGGAAAAUUGUUAAAAGGGGUGAAGAAUAAAGAAAAUGUUGGGCAAUUUGUUACUCGAUACUUGAGAUACCAUCCAAUUAACGAAUUCGAGCCCUUUUUUGAGAGCAUGGGUUUGGAACCUUAUGAAUUCUCAACUUUUUUGCCUAGAAACUUGAUGUUUCUAAGUGACGACAAUGUGUUGCUAGAGAACUAUCAUGUAUUUUGUCAAUAUGGAUUUGCUCCCAAUAAGAUAGGAAAGAUUUACAAGGAAGCCAAAGAAGUUUUUAGAUAUAAUCACGAGGUUUUAUCAUCACGUCUUCAUGAUCUUCAAAACAUCAUUCUUGAUCAAUCUACUGUUAUCAAGCUAGUGGGUUUAUGUCCUUCACUUUUGAUUCCAGAUGCAAUUCAUGAUGUUCUUAAGGUUGUAAAGGAACUAAAGAGUUCUGGGAUAUUGAAUAGUUGGUUUAUCGAGAAUUUAUCAGAGGAAAAUUCAUACGAUUGGAGACAUAUUCUUGAGCUUUUGUGUUUAUUUAAAAGAUUAGGCUGUGAAAACGAGCAAUUAGGAAGAUUAGUCAAUCAACACCCGACCCUUUUAUUAAAUAACUCAGGAACUACAUCCGUUUUAAUUAUCGGUUUCUUGACUAAAUUUGGAGCUACAAAAACCAAUAUACUCUCGUUUUUUAUGAAAUUCCCUGAAAUUAAGGGUGAAGAAUGUCUUUACAAUUUAAGGCGUUCAUAUCAUUUCCUAUUGGACAUUGAAAUGGAAGUUGACAACAUUGCAAAGCUUUUUUGCACCCACCCGUAUUUACUCGGGUCAUGGUCUUUAAAGGGUGUGAAAACCGCUUUAAAUUCCUUAAAUUCAGGGAAAAAACGACUUUGUGACAUCAUCAUGAAAAACCCACAAGAAUUAAAAAAUUUAGCAAUUGGAACAAAAGUCAAACCACUUCCAUCAUCAAAAGAUUGCACCGAAGAGAAAACAAAGUUUUUAUUAGACUUAGGAUUUGUAAAAGAUUCAAAUGAAAUGAAGCGGGCCCUCAAGAGGUUUCGUGGGCGAGCUGGCGAGCUUCAAGAACGAUUUGAUUGUUUGGUCAACAUGGGGUUUGACCAAAAAGAUGUGGUGGAAAUGCUUAAAUCUUCGCCUCAAAUUGUAAACCAAACGAAAGAAGUUCUUGAAAUGAAGAUUGGAUUUUUGGUGAAUGAGAUGGGGUAUGAGUUGACUUGUUUAUGUGCGUACCCUUCUUCUUUGUCUUAUGCUAUUGAGACACAAUUCUUUGCUUGGUUCUUGUUCAGAAAAACAAUUUAUUAA